AAAAUGCCAGUUUUCUCCAUCAAUGUCAACGUAAAGGUCCCUGCCGAGAAGCAGAAUGAGAUCUUGAAAGAGUUGUCAACUGUUCUCGGAAAGCUUCUCAACAAGCCGGAGCAGUACAUGUGUAUUCACUUCCACGAGGAUCAGGGAAUCCUGUAUGCUGGGACCACUGAGCCAGCAGGCUUUGCCGUGUUGAAAUCGAUCGGCGGAGUUGGAAGCGCUAAGCAGAAUAAUGCGAUUUCCGCCGUCGUUUUCCCGAUUAUUGAGAAACAUCUUGGGAUUCCAGGAAAUCGCCUCUACAUCGAAUUCGUCAACCUCGGCGCCGCCGACAUCGCCUACAACGGUCAAACCUUCGCCUAAAUUCCAUUUUUUCACACCUACUUAUGUACUUAUUCCCUCACACUCCACGCCGUUAAUGUAGAAAUCAAUAAAAAAAUAGAAG